AUGAAGGAGCAAAGAAGCUGCUGCUCGCCAGAUCGAAUAACGUAUCUCGCGGCUCUCAAAGCUUGCGGUUACUUAGCAGCGCUGGAAACCGGGAGGAUGAUCCACGAAGAACUCCACGCCGAGAAGCUGGACUGCGAGACGAAGGUGGUGAACCCGUUGGUGGACUUCUACGGCAAGUGUGGGAGUUUAGUCGAGGCCCAGCAGGUUUUCGACGAGUUUCCGGCGGGAUCCAGGAACUUGGUAACUUGGAACUCGCUGAUGGCGGCUUAUGGCAACGCUGGAGAGGUGUGGAGGGUUCUCAAGCUCCUGGAGACGAUGAUCCAGCACAGGGAAGAGCCCGACUCGGUAACUUUUAUGGUGGUUCUCAGCGCUUGCAACCAUGCGGGACUGGUGGAGCAAGGCCAGAACCUCUUCGAGGCUAUGAGCUCCGAGUUUGGGAUCUGGCCUUCGAUCGAGCACUGCUGCUGCGUGGUCGAUCUCCUCUGUCGAGCCAACAGGAUGGAAGAGGCAGUGAUGCUGGUGACGGAGAGAAGCUCGAGUUUUUGCUCCUCAUCAUCGGCCAAGCUCUGGAUGGCGAUCCUCUGCGCUUGCUACAAGGCGAGCAGCAAUGUGGAAUUUGCGAGGAUUGCUUUCAAGGCUGUGGAACUGGAUGAGAAAGUGGCGGUGGCUUAUGUUAUCAUGGCAAGCAUGGAAGAAAUGGAAGAACUCUACGUCACGCCUAUGUUUUGA